AUGUCCGCUGUGGAACAGGAUCCAGUCGAAUUGAUGCUAAAGAAAACCGGCUGCAUUGAGCUACACUACAAGGUGCAGGAGUGCAUCGCUGAGACGGGCGAUUGGCGAAUGUGCCAGGAUACUGUGAAAGAGUUCAAGGCGUGCAUGCAAAAAUAUGUGGAUCAACAGACCAAAAAAUAUGCAAAUGUUAAAUAGAAUCGUACAGAAAAUUAUGAGCAGAAGUUUCGCCGCUGGAACAACAACAAAACUGGCGCUCAUAGUACGCGGCGAUCUGAAGAUGGGCAAGGGCAAAACGGCAGCUCAGUGUGCCCAUGCGGCAGUCAUGUGCUAUCAAAAUGCGGCGCAGGGCAGCGAGGCACAGAACGCAAUCCUCAAGCGCUGGUGCCGCAUGGGCCAGCCAAAGAUUGUGCUACGUGUGGAUAGCUAUGAGCAGCUAAACGGAUUGCAACUGCAAGCGGAGCAGGCCAAUUUGAUCGCUGCUUUGGUAAGGGAUGCGGGACGCACGCAACUGGAUGCCGGCACAGCUACAGUUUUAGGCUUGGGUCCGGCAAACGCCAUCGAACUGGAUAAACUUGUUGCUCACUUGAAACUCUUGUAAAUCGAUAUAUCUUAUAAUUUCUUUAUGUACAUAUAUGCAAUUAAUAAUAAUGAAAUCAACAAACUCAUAAA